GUACCUAUUAAGCUGGGUGGACUUAGAGGCACCCUAAGGAUCCCGAAAUUUUACAAUCCCAGUCUCCACCAGAAUUCGAACCUAGGACCCCUCGGUUCGGAAGCCAAGCGGUUUACCACUUCGCAACAUCAGACUACAGAGUCGCAUGAAUUAUACGCUGAAACAAUGACGGAAGUCGAGGGCUACCUUUUACAGCAAUGGCAAGUCCGGCACCUACACUCCAGUCAAAAGCAGUGGCACACGACUACUGAAGCUUGUCAACAAUGUGACUCCUCGGUGAACUAUGAUGACGGUGAAUCUAAUUAUAGCUGGACUAAAGUUAGAUUCCAGCAGAAGGCAAGGAUUGUUGCUCACAUUACUCGACUGUGUCUUGCAAGCAGGAGAAAUGUGCUGGGUCGUGUGGCCACACAGCCGUGGUAUAAGCGCCUUGACGACCUCGAACUCGACUCACCGGGACCACCAAGCCAGGCUCAGCAAGGACAUUUAAUUACCACAACCCAAGGGGAGUUAAGGGACUUCAAACAUGAACAUUUGAAACGUGAAAAAGGGGAGUCCGUUUUAACAGAACAAGUACGUACUACAUUGUCAAAGCCAUCCAGUCAAAGAUCAGCGCGCCACAUACCAGAGAUUAUCUGCUGCAUCAAGUCACUAAGCAGGACGUUUCGGAAUUAUCCCUUAUCAUUUCAAAGGCAAAUCGUUCAAAGAGCCUGCUAUGAAUGUUAUCAAGGAAAUAGGGUCAUCAUGAUGGAAGGAGACACUUCAAAUGGCAUUUACUUUAUCCUGUCAGGAACAGUCUUAGAGAAAGUACCAGGUAAACGACAAGCUAACGACAUCAUCGCUGGAUCUGUUCUGGGGGAAAACGAUCUGAUAUGCGGAAGACGCAGACAAUCAACUGUCUUAACAAGGAGUACCACAGAAGUGUUGUACCUCCAUCGACUGGAUUAUAAAUCUAUAUUUGAAAUGGCGGAUGAUUUGAAUCACCUCAGUUUGCUGGAUGUUGCCAAACAGCACACUGUGUUCCAACAUUUCCCAACACAGAAACUUGAAGAAAGUCCAGAAAUGUGGACCAUUGUCAAAUACAAAUACGGUCGUGUGAUCGCCACAGACUCCAACAAUUUAGAAUGGGUCUACGUCAUCAACUCAGGGGAGGCCAGAGUGUUAAAAUAUCUGAACCCUGGACACAUGAAUCUAAGAGAGAGAAGGAAGACAACUCAGGCUGCUAUUGAGGCGGAGUCUCCGUACCACAAGACAAGAGAAAUAUUGAACUUUAUCUCAGAGAGAGACCACAUUACGACUGCUUACAAAGCUGACAAAUAUCAUCCAACAACUCGACUCAUCAAAUCCGCACCACCACUUAAUGAAGUAAAGAAGGAGAGAGUUGGCCUUCAGAGAGCAAAAACCACGCUCUCCUGUGACAGUAAUAGGCCAACCAAAGCUCUGCCUAUGAUUAACUCUCGCCUUAGUUUCAAGAGUACGCCGAAAGGAAAGUCCAGCAAAAGUAUUAAUACCGAAAAAAGAGUCCCGGAAAAGAAGCUGGACACCAAACAUGACUCCACCCAAGAAGAAAGGAUCUUACCCCUGGUGAAGAUAGAUGAAGCAACAGAUGAAGAGAGCAAAGUGAAGGGAGAUAAGAUGGAGCGAAUUGAAGAAGAAGUCUCGUUAGAUGAACAACAAGGAUUUGGGGGUGACUCUGUAUCAUCUCAGAAAGACUCCGACAGUCAAAAUCUUUCUACGGAGUCACUAAAAAGCACGAGCCUAAGAAAGAAACCCAAACAACGCUGUACGUCAACUGAGCUCAUUGCACGAGAGAAGAAGAGAUUCAAUAUUCCGUUGAAAGGUUUCAACUCUGUCACCACUCUUAGACAACCGGAAAAUGAGACAUCCAGACACAAACUACCAGCCUUUGUUCAAGUGGAAGUCUUGGGUCAAGGACAAAUAUUUGGUCUCAGAGCGUGUUUAGAACCGGAAGAGAGAGGGCCGUCUGUCAGCCUUGUGAGUGCAGAUUGCGAAGUUCUCCAAAUCAACAAAAAGUUCUUCAUGACGCACUGUGACGAGGCACUAAUAGCCAUCAUUAAACAUAAAGCCAAGCCAUUUCCAAGUGAUGAGGAGUUGAUUGACAGGCUGGACAUCAGUCUUCGGUGGGAGGAGUACAAACAGAAACUUCUGAGAGACUUUAUUCACCAGCGUUGGAACCACAGGAGAUGAGACAUACUUGAUUCAAACAGGGUCCAUACAAUUUUAGAGCAGUGACUCAAUAGAGAUCAAUUGUAAAAAACAAACUACAGAGAACAAACUUCUUAGUAAAUAUUUUUUCCUUCAUUUAUUAAUACAUGAAUUUUAAAAGUAUACACACAGAUCGAUCAUAAGAACACAAGUCUUUGAAAAUUCAAAUAUACUUUAAAGUAUACAUUUUUUGUUAACAAUUAAAAAAAACAAUGUCAAAUAAAAUAUUCUAACUUUUUA